CCCUCGCUCUCUCUCACACUCACGCACACACAUGUAGUCACACCACCAUGAGCGAAUUGUUGAAUAGCGCCGCGCCGCGCCGCAGCGGAACUGCGCAGAUGACGCGCGCGCUCUCGACUGAAAACAUCCCGCAAACAUGUGCGUCUGAGGAAAAGUCAACAGCUGCCCGGGUCCCUGGUGCUGACCAUUCCCCCGCAGAUGAGCUCAGCUCCAUCUGACCUUCGACUCUCCCACUGAGUUCCUCAGCACCUUCUUCCAUGUUCACCAGAGUCACUCCUGAUCACGGUGCGUCCCAGUCGCGGGGGCAGCAGCCAGAGCCAAGAGGCCCAGACUUCCCUCCCCAGAUCCUGAGGUGUUUCCAGGCCAACCAAGAGAGCAUGUUCUGGGUCCGACCCAGGGCCUCCUCCCACCCAUACUGCACCCAGGAGGUGUCCUCAUGUAACAGAUACUACGUGGUAUAUUCCACUUGCACCACAUCACGCUGCACAUGGUCGGUGUCGGUCGGGAGUUAGCGCCCUCUAGCAAGGACUACACAAGUGUUGGUCGACCCCCUGUCAUUCGCCGACACGAGGUCACCAGAGGUAAGGUUGUCUACCCGCAAAGUGUGACAUUAGGCACGGAAUUGAUUAAAUAUUUGCAUUGUGUUAUUGAGAUUGUGACUGAUGGUGCACAGCACUCCUGCUCCUGACCAUGCGUCGCUGUUUUUGAUACGCAUAUAAAGAAGUUCCAAAAAGACCAUCCACUGUCCUGGUUUCUACACAACACCGAGAACAAACAUCCGGCUUGUGGACCAGCUCGCCAGCCACCGAGUCCAGACUGGUUACUCUCAGAAGAUGCUAUGAAUGGAGAAGAGUCUGAGUUUAGACUCCAAACCAGUUCCACCCACUCGCGCCAGGGACCCUGUUCUCCGGCUCAGUAACCAGAGCUUCAUCAGAGCUUUGUCCUUUGGCUCAGCUCUUUCUAACACUGUUUUCAGAGUGCUAAAUGAUGCUGCGGUCUUCUUCCAAACACAGAGUUGUGGUGACCCAGGGGCUUUUCACGAUGCAGAGUUUGUCUCAGGACAAAGUUUGUUUGGCUCAAAUAUCCGUGGGGGCUGAGUGAUCUCCUGCGGGAAAAGUGACCACCUGGCUGCUCUCCAGUUCCUGCUCCUGCGACACAUCUCUAACCUGACCUGUCCAUCACGAAGCCUCACCAAACACCUGCUCCGUUUGCAUCAGUUUUACACCAGGAGCGCCACCUACUGCCCAUCACUGGUGUCAUGGAGGACGACUCGUGGUCCGGAGAAUCGUAUCCAUAGCUUUGCUGAGAUGUGGACACAAAGGUCAGGGAAUAAAAAUGUUUUUUACAUUUGCAGAAGAGGAUGUUGCGUUUCAGUAUCCAGAACAGACAGACAGAGAGAGAGAGAGCGUGAGGGCCAAGGUCUUCCUUCCUAGGGCUCCACUGCGACACGAGACAGUGAAGGUUUUCAGACCAAGGUUUCAGGGGUGGACGGAGGGAGGACUCGUGCUGGGGACAGUUGGACAGAUGAAGGUUUUCAGGUGGAGCCUCCAGGGAUGAAGCGACAGUGAAGCCCAUUGGAACUGUAAUGAGAUUGCUGCAGUACACUAUGGGCCUCCAGCUCAGCCGAGCUGCAGAUCUGUCCACUGUUACAGCCAGGAAUGAGGUCUGUUUCCCAGAGCAGCUGUGUGGUUUAUGUCCUCCUCUGCUGCUUGGACCUGAACGACCCGGUGCCCGAGGCUCAGAACCUUCAUGCCGUCCUGCUGACCCGAUGCUUUUCUGCUGAGGCUUCUGUCGACUCCAGUCCCACAUCCCUUUCUCUUCCUUAAAUGUGGCGUCAUGUUGUGUCUGGUCCAGGAAAGAUGACUUUUAAAGGAAUGAGGAGAAAGAGAGAAAGAAUCAUUGUUGUUAUGAAGCAAGUUCAGGCAAAGAAGCCAAGGAUUUGUCUGGAAACUAGUCACAUCAUGCAAAAGAGAAGUGAUCCAAGCCAAACAGCUAUUUAAAGUCAGUCAAUACAUCAAUAAAUCAUGAUAUAUUUUGCCAUAUUGCCGCCCCUUUCUGGACACAUGUGAAACAAAUGCAAUGUGUUUCUGCCUGGCAACAUAAAAAAUAGUGUUUCACCCAUGAGUAGGGAUUUUCUACAGGACUUGAAGCACAAGUGCACGUUGGCCCAGGUUCCUGUGGUGGUGUGACCCGGGGUUUCUCCAAUGAACCAAGGUGUCGUGGCUUGAAAAAGGUUGGAAACUGCUGGACUAGAGCAACGACAACAGUCAGCAUGCUCCGAGCUGAACUCACCUCUGACACAGUCCACACUGUCAGUCACGCAGGUCCAGUUCUCUGGAGCUCAGCUUGGCAGAACAUCCAGCCGACCCCCGUCAUCCCCAUCCCCAGGUACUUCCCUGAACACAGGAAUCAUGGCGUCGCUCCGCGCCCAAGGAAACCUCAUUUCCUGAGGAGAGAAUGAUGAAGCCCCUUCCCCAGCAGGAAUAACAACUCUGACCUUGACUGCCCUUCACCUGCUGGAGGCCGGGCGGCGUGUGGCCUGCAGGGCGUCUUGGAUCAGCGUGCGCGUCUGGUCCUGUGAAGCGCUGGCGCCUCCCUGAGCACUUUCCCAGAUGUGACCUCCCUCACACCGUUCUCACACACGAGCUCCGCCCUCCUCCUCUCUGGAGAGUCGGCGGCUCUCGCGUCCGACUUGGCUCUCCAAGUGUCCCCACAAGAGAGUCGCGCCAUUGUCGGGCGAGCUCUCCUCAGUCAGAGUUCUCACACCACCUUCGUGCUGGAAUAUUCCCUGAGGCUCACCUGUGACCUCAUGUCAGAAAAUAGCCGGAAUAAAGCACAAAUGUUCGCCAGUGGGUGUGACCUCGCUUCACUAUACUUGUGGGGACCAAUUCUUGUAAGGACAUUUGGCUGGACCCCACAAGGUUAAGCCUCAAUUUGAGGAUCAAACCCACAAAAUAACUGACACACAUUACACAAAAAAUGACUGGGUUUGGUUCAGAGUCCUGGUUCAGAUGAGCUUUGGAGGGUCAGGUUCAGGGGCAGAGGCUGGGGAAAGGGUGAUGGCCAGGGGAGGUCCCCACAAGGAUAGAGAUUCAAGUGUGUGUUUGCGCAGGGUUUAAGGCUUGUUUAACCUACUUUAUGGGGGACCAAUUCUUGACAAAACACCUUCCUUGUGAGGACCAUAUGUUCCUUGUGGGGAACAUUUGGCUGAACCCCACAAGGUUUAAGCCUUAAUUUGAGGGUUCGAACUUCAGGGUUCCAGUCUGGUUCAGAGUGCUGGUUCAGGUGAGCCAUGUGUUUUGGAGGGUCAGGUUUAGGGGGAAAGGGUGAUGGACAGGGGAGGUCCUCACAAGGAUGGAGAGACAAACAUGCACGUGUGUGUUCUUGUACUUUUAUCUUUCAGAGAGCCUGUGCAAGUUUUUAAACAGCAGAGUGGGGAGAGGUCCUCACUUUCUCAAGCCUCAGUUUGAGGGUGAAAACUACAAAAUAGCUGGGUGAUUCUCACUGGGUUCCAGUCUGGUUCAGACUAAAGGUGAAGUUGAGCCAUGUGUUUUGGUGGGUUAGGUUCAGGGGGAGAGGCCGGGGAAAGGGUGACGGCCAGGGGAGGUCCUCACUAAGCCAGGAAGACAACCGUGUGUGUGCGUUGUCAGGGACAAUGGUGGAUUGUGGAGGUCAGAGAAAGUCAAACUGUGGCUGGAAACUCAAACAAUAGAGUCCAUCAAUGGACAAUCAUUCCGUCAUUCAAGUGCGUUUGAAGUGCUGUCGGACAAAAACAGAAACAUUGUCUUCAUACGGCUUCUGGAGAAAAUGUCGGUCCAAAGAAAGAUAUAAAUGGAAGUCUAGGGACAAAAGAAAAGAAGGAAAGGUAGAGACACGCUCAGGAAGAGCAGAGCGGCGCCCCCUGCUGGGCAAACGCCAGCGUCCCGGCAUGACCUUUGUCUUCUCCACUAUACCAGUGAGGACUACGCCUCUGCUGCCUGCAACACUGACACCAGCAAAUGAAACAGUUCACGCUGACGCGUCAUGUCACACACCUGAUGUUUCAACCUUGUUGAGCGUUCAGACCAGGUGGGACUCAGUAGAAACCGGGGAGGAACGUCCCGCGGCUGUGGAGUCCGAUGCUCCGUGAGGAGAAGCCAGUGUCUGGGGCAGGACAGACCUGAAGAGCAGGGUAGAAACCAGGGCUCCAGGAGGCUCCAGAGGUUCCACCCCCGGGUGAGAAAUGUCUCAUGGCUGUGGGUCCAGACAAGGUCAAGGUGAGGAGCAGGGGUCAAUAACAGUGGUGGCCAGGUAAUCUGGCGGGAUUAUGGAAAUGAGGGCAGAUUAAGAGAUCCAGAGUGAGAGAGCAGAAGGAGUUCCUCAUCACAUGGAGUCGGACCUGUGGAGUCACAGGACCUCGCUUGGCGACACCAUCAGUGGCUGUUCCGUGACGUCUGUCGGAGGAGGCUGGAAGGGCCCCCUCUCUGCCCCCUGCCCUUCACCAGCUCCUCCUCACCCUCCCACCAUCCUUCUCUCCGACAACAGAGGCCUCAGGGAAACAACGUGGGGCGGAAGGCCGGGUGGCUCCUGGGGAAAAUGUCGGUCCAAAGAAAGACAUAAAUGGAAGUCAAGGAACAAAAGAAAAGAAAGAGAAGCAGAAAGAUGCUCAGGAAGAGCAGAGCGGCGCCCCCUGCCGGACAAAAGGCUGCGUCCAAGCAUGAGGUCUGUCCUCUUCUCAGAGUUUGUCUCUUCUCCAGGGCGGGGUGGAGGGGGUCCAAGAGUCAGUCAGGUCACCCGUGAGGAGGAGAUGAUGGAUCCUGGAUAUCAGUGGACGUUAGCUUUGGAAUGGUUCAAACACACUACGUCACUGGGUCUCACGCAAUGACAUGAAUAGAACGUUUGUCAUAACAAAUUCAGAGCGUAAUAACGAGGGUGGCUGGGUGGAGCUCCGAGGCCUGCAGUGUAAUUACUGCCUUAUUAUCUGUCGUUAAAAUGGAAUAAACACCGACAAUAAACUAGACAAGCUUGGCCAGCUGGACGUGCCUGACUCCCUCUGCAGGUGGCUGACAGACUUCCUGACCAGCCGGAGUCAGCGUGUGCGGCUGGGGACGACUGUCUCGGACCCUCAACAUCGGGUCUCCUCAGGGCUGUGCACCUCCAGCCACGAGUCCGUGAAGCUGAUCAAGUUUGCGGACGACACCACCAUCAUGGGGCUCAUCUUACAGGAGGGAGGUGGAGCGGCUGGUGUCCUGGUGCAGUCACAACAACCUGGAGCUCAACGCCCAGAAGACAGUGGAGAUGGUCAUAGACUUCAGGAGAGUCACAGCUCCUCCGUCCCCUCUUUGCUUUCCGCCGGUGCGAUACACUGCCAUGAAUCGUGACCUGAUUUCUGCUCCCAUUGACCAUGACAGGAUCCAGUCCAGGCGCUGUCUUCCGUGGAUCUGCCGCCAUCUGAUGGACGCUCACGUGUGUUUGAGGGAGAACCAAGCAUCAAAGUCACCGGCCGGAGCUGCGCGAGGCGACGGUGCGUGACACGUGACCACUUGCCUGGGGAAGGACGGCUGAACAUGCUGAGGUUCUUCACCUCUGACGGGGCUCCCGCGCAGCAGAGCCGGUACCGGAGCCGCAGGAUCCGCAAGGGCAUCACCUGCUACUAUGCCCCCCCGGGGCCCCCCUGCAGCCCCUCCCCGGACCCUCCCCGGCCCCUGCUCCUGUUCCUGGCCUGGCUGGGGGCGCAGCCCUCCGCCGUGUCCAAGUACACGGAGCGCUACCUGCAGCGCGGCAUGGACGUCCUGCUGGUCCAGAGCAGCGCCCUGCACUUCCUGUGGCCCCUCUGGGGCCUGGAGUACGGCUCCCAGGUGCUGCAGGUGCUGGAGGAGCCCCAGUUCUCGGGCAGGCCGCUCCUGGUCUACGCCUCCUCCAUCGGGGGCUACACCUUCACGCAGGUCCUGAGCCAGGCGGCGCGGCGGCCCCAGUCCCAGCUGCCCCACACGGUGGUGGGUCACAUCUACGACAGCCUGGUGGCCGGCACGCUGGAGCACAUGGCCACAGGCCUGGGGAAGACGCUGGUGCCGCGCCUGGAGCGCCUGGUGAAGAACACGGCGCUGCUCUACUUCCGGCUCUUCCGCAGCCGCACGGCGGACCUGUACCAGCGCAGCAUCCAGGUGUUCAACAACAACCCCAUCACGGCGCCGGCGCUCUUCCUCCUCAGCGAGGACGACGCGCUGUGUGACGCGGCGGUGGUGGAGCGCAUCGCCGACCGCUGGCGAGCGCGCGGCGUCAGCGUCAGGACGCACAAGUGGAAGGAGUCGGUCCACGCCGCGCACAUGAGGAGCCACCCAGAGGAGUACCGCUGCACCCUGGACGCCUUCCUGGACUCGCUGCCGCUGCCCCCGCCCCCCGCCGCCGCCGCCGCCGCCGCCAGCCGAGCCUGAGAGGAGCGGGACGCUCGCGCCCGUCUCUGGCUCCUGCUGGGUUACAAUUCAGUCUUCUGACGCACGUGUUGCACAAGAGUGAGAGGAGGUGAAGGUCCGACUCUCUGAGGGACAAAGAGCAAAUCAUGAUUAACAUAAAAAAACAAGAAAAAUAUUGAAACGGUGAAUGAAUAAAUGUAAAAAUACAGGCAUGAAAGAGGAAUUAAAUGUGUGAAUACACAGAAAACCACGGGGGGAUGACUCGGAUGUUCAGCAUUUAUUCAGUGACUUUUAUUGUAUGAAAUGAUCCUUUUCUUUUGUCCCUCAUACGACGCGACCAGACGCUAUUGAAAUGUUUCCUUUGAUGUGUUUCGCUCUUUCAUUCCGAUCCUGAUCAGCACCUUGGAAAUGAAAAGGAUGUGAUCCACCAUCAUCCUGUGAUCGUUUUGAUCCACGGUGUGGUGAGGCGUGGGAACUCCAGUUUCCUCCCACAGACCCGAAACAGGCAGAAGAUUUUAGAUCUGCUUUCUUGUGUUGCUGUAGCUGCCAUGUUCGAGGUUUAGUCACACAACACUUCAUGACCUCAGCAGGACCCCUGAAGCCACA